UCAUUUCCACUCUGUUAGUUGUUGAGAUUUGAUCGCUAAGCAGGUCCAGAAAGCUUGCGCGGUGAGAUCAAUGGAGUCUCUCGCCACCACGGUCCGGCGUUGCGCGGCGCAAUCCCUAGGCCGCAGAUGCUAUGCCCUCUACUCCUCCUCCUCCUCCAACACCUCUACCUCCUUCGAUAAUCGUUCACCUAACCCACCCCCAACGCCUUCCGCUGAUCUCGAACCACAACCGGGAUUUGAAAACCCUCCAAAGCCAAGUCUCCCUACUAUCGUGCCUUCCGAAGAAGCCGACGCGCUCUCACAUCUUCUCUUCCAGCACCACAACCCCUUCCACGCCAUGGAGUCGUCACUGCAGCUCGCCGGCGUCCGCCUCUCUCCCAGCCUUGUUUUCCAGACCCUUCUACGCCUCCGUAACUUCUCCAAGAUUGCACUAGGCUUCUUUGUUUGGUCGCGUGACCAGGCCUAUCAUUCGCAUGAUGCAGAGGCCUACGAUUUGAUGGUUGACAUCUUGGGCAAGGUCCGCCAAUUCGACGCCGCCUGGCAGCUCAUCGUGGAGAUGGAUCAGCGCGGCGUGGCUCCAUCGCCGCGGACGUUCGCCAUUCUUGUACGCCGAUACGUUGCUGCAGGACUGACCAGGCAGGCCAUCAGGGCCUUCGAUGAUAUGGAGGCGUUUAUUGGAAGGGAGCCUGGCGCAGCGGAAUUCAACAUGAUCUUAGACACCCUUUGCAAGUAUGGGUAUCCUAAGGUAGCAACCGAAUUGUUUAACAAGCGGAAAAUCUCAUUUGAACCAGAUGAAAAGGCAUACACAAUAUUGAUAUAUGGGUGGUGCAAAAUAAAAAAGGCUGAUAUGGCCCACAAGCUCCUAAAGGAGAUGAUCGAACGGGGAGUGGAACUAAAUGUGGUAACAUAUAAUGUUCUCUUAAAUGGAAUUUGUAGAAGAGCAAGCUUACAUCCAGAUGUUCGCUUUGAUAAAACAAUUCAUGAAGCUGAGAAUCUCUUAAAGGAUAUGCGUAACCGAGGCAUCGAGCCUGAUGUCACGAGCUACUCAAUUAUCAUCCAUGUUUGCAGCAGAGCCCAUAAACCCGAGUUAUCGGUUUCUAUGCUUCGCUCGAUGAAGGAGAAUGGAAUCUCUCCCACAGUUGCGACGUACACCUCCGUGAUCAAAUGUCUCGCGUCCUGCGGAAGAUUGGAAGAAGCGGAAGAGUUGCUUAACGAAAUGACGACCAACGGAGUGUGCCCAUCCCCCGCAGCAUACAAUUGCUUCUUUAAAGAAUAUCGCGGUCGGAAAGAUGUCGACAAAGCAAUGAAAUUGUACAAGAAGACGAAGGAGAUGGGUUCGCCAGGCGUGCUUGAUAUUCGUACCUAUAAUAUAUUGAUUGGGAUGUUUUCGAGGUUAAGCCGAACAGAACUUAUUGAUGAACUAUGGAAUGAUAUGAUUGAGAAGGGUGUUGGUCCAGACAUGGAUUCAUACACUUUGUUGAUACAUGGGUUGUGUGAGAGGCAGAAGUGGAAGGAGGCAUGCCAGUUUUUUAUGGAAAUGAUUGAGAAAGGGAUCCUUCCACAAAAAAUCACUUUUGAGACUCUUUAUAGGGGACUGAUACAGGCAGAUAUGCUCAGAACUUGGAGGAGGCUCCAGAAAAGGAUCAAUGAGGAGUCAUUGAAGUUUAGUUCUGAUUUCCAGUUGUAUCAAUUGAAACCUUAUAAAAGGUGAUGACUUUGUUGUCAGCUUUCUACAGAAAGCAUGUUGAAUCUGCAACGUAUCACCUAAAGAAAAGUUGGAUGAAUUGUAAUAUUUCAGUUGUUGAGGAGCUUAAAGCAGCGGAUUCUUCUCCCACCUUCAUAAUGUGAGAGUUUAUUGUUUUGUGGGUGAGAAUCCAAACUAAGGACUUUGUGACAACUUCCAAGGCCCUUAUCAACUGGACUAAUUGCAGAAAUAGUGGUUUACUUAUAUCAUUGAUGAAGUGAAUCACCCUUGGAUUCUGAACUAAUAAAAAAUGAGAAUUUAAAUUUUUGGGGAAAGUCUUGGUGUUGGUUUAAGCGACAUGGUUAGGGUCCACAUGCUUUACUUCUGCGUUGA